AUCAGCCAAAAAAAAUCAACACUGCCAUACAAAUUGCCAUACACAGCUUCACUACCACUGCCGCCGCCGCCGCCGCCACCAUACAGAUCUGGAUCGAGAAGCGCACGCACAUUGGACUCGGAAGCUGACAGGCUCCGACAGUAAAGAACAAACCUACGUCUACACAGCCCAUACGCACCCUUGGCAUUAGGAGCUCGCUCGCAACAAUGGCCUCCUAUGACGACGACAAUGACCCGACCGCUGGGUCGCAAGACGAGGAUGAAAAUGAAGAUGAGGAGAUGGAGGACGUAAACGAGGCAGAUCAAGACGCCGACCAGGAUAUGGACGGCGGUGGAGAUGACGAUGAAGAUGAUGCUGGAGACGAUGAUGACGACGAUGACAACGAGAACGAUGACGACGAAGGAGACGAGCAGAAUGAUACAGACUCCCCAACGCAUCGCGCAACUCAGCCCACACAUACAGCGAGCAAAGACCAGCAGAAUCCCGCGCUCGUCUUGACUUCUCCCUCCCCUCGCGUCUCAGCUGCGCGAUCUCCCGGCGCGCGUAUUGUGCAGUCAUACAUCCCGCCGACGCGACCAGAAGCCCUCACCGCGCAAGCGUAUGACAUUGUUCCCACAAUGGCUGCACCACAGAGCACCUCGAUCAAUGCCAUUGCCGCGACACCCGACAUGAAAUGGGUCUUUUCGGGAGGUACGGAUGGUUACGUGCGCAUGUUCAACUGGGUAGAGACUGCGAAUGGCAAGGUUCCUCUGACAGUGGCGCAAAAACACCCAUUUGUGGACAGCGUUAUGAAGGCUGGAUCGCUUUUGACGUACUGGGAGAAUGAAGAGGCAUUAUUGCAUACACCACCGAAGAACGCGGACGAUGGAAAGUGGACAAGCCCGGUCUACUCGUUGGCAGUACAUCACCAGGCGCUUUGGCUACUUUCCGGACUGGAGUCUGGAGGCAUCAACCUUCAGACCUGCCGACACCAAGCUGGCACUCGCAUCACAACCUUGAAGGAGCAUACCAGUGCGGUCUCUGUCUUACAGCUGUCACAAGAUGAGACGCAAUUGCUUUCCGGUAGCUGGGACAAGAACAUCCUGGACUGGGAUCUACAGACUGGCCAGGUGAAGCGGUCAUUCAAAGGCUCCGGCAGUCAAAUUAGCUCCAUCGAAACGAGACCCAUCAGUGAUCUACCAAUACCCGAGGUGACUGAAAUUAAGCCUGAAAGCUUGACCUUCUCCAGCAACAAUGCAGACAAGGCCGGUCUGAACUGCUUCUCCAACGGCCCUAGUAGACGACCAUCAGGCAUCGGCGGCGAUGAGGAUGCGAUUGGUUCUCCGGAUGGCAGUCUUUUUGGCGAAGGUGAUCACGGCUCGCUCUUCGGCGACGACACAGGCGGUGCGGGCGGAGGCGGAGGUGCUGGCUUCGAUGACGACGAUGAUUUGACGCGAGCAUUAGAAAGCGAAAUGGCCGACCCAGGCCAGGAUGCAGCAGCAGAUCCGGAUAUGAGUGGCUUGGGGAGUGGAGGUCCCGUCCAGCCUGUUGAAGAUAUUGACCCUUCAAAUCCUGCCCCAGAGCUUGCUGAAGCCGCCAAGGCUGUGAACCCGCACGCUGGCUCUGGCGCAGACUCCAAGCAAGACCAUACACGACACGAUCAACCAGCAGCGAUCCUGACGAACGGCCUCCCACACUCCGACGAGCCUCUCACAGCACCUCCAACGAAUGACGAAAGCAAACCCGACCUACCACCCCAAUCAGAAUCAACAUUCCUCGACACCGCCAUCGACGGCACGCUCCGCAUCUGGGACAGACGCAUGGCCACACCAGUCGCAAGCAUCUCACCCUGGAACAACACUCCCCCCUGGGCCACCGGAGCCUGCUGGAGCCCGGACGGCAAUUCCUUCUACGUCGGCCGGCGAAACUGCACCGUCGACGAAUACUCCAUCCACCACCUGAGCACAAAACGCAGCGAACCCCACCGAACCUUCCGCUUCCAACAAGGCAGCGGACCCGUCUACGCCGUUCGCAGCAUGCCGAAUCGCAAACACUUGGUCUGCGCUUCUCAAGACAUUCUCCGGAUUUACGACCUGACGCAGCCGGAGAGCACGAAACACAGUCGUGUCCCUUUCACGAUUGUGCCGGGGCAUCGAGGCGGGGUUAUCAGUGCCAUACACAUCGAUCCGUCCUGCAGGUUUAUGCUUUCUGCGGCGGGGAAUCGCGGGUGGGAGGGUAGUGGGACGGAGGUUUUGUUGGGGUAUGAGAUUGGGGGUGGUGGAUGAAAAAGGGGGUUUGGCAUAAAUAAAUUGAGUGGAUGGGGAGGUAAAUUUUGUUGGGGGGGGGGGGGGGG